AUGUCUCGGAAUAUAAAAAGUAUUAUAAAACCUAAGGAACGUGCUCCGAAUGUUUACAGUACGUUUGUAAAUAGCCUCGCAACUGGCGGACUCUGGCAUUCAACUAGAUUGAGGAGUUCUUAUAGAGACGUCACAAAAGAAUGGCUCGAGUCACAAGGAAUAGAGUUAUCGAAAGAGGAGGAUUUACCUACAGAUCCUUACACAGAAAAGGAGCGUUGGAAAAACAUACAGCCACCAAAACGAUCGAAAUCACACGACGAUCGCCUCCUAAGAUUCCUAGAAUACGAAGGGAAAGUUUUAUCGUUUAAUGUUGUUUGGGACAAUCGUGAUGCAGAACACGGCGAGUUAACAGAAUAUAAAAUGUACUACUUCUUGCAAGAUGACAAUAUUUCUAUAAAGGAGCUUCAUGAUGGAAGAGGUGGCAAAGAUCCGUUCCCACUUCUACUCAAGAAGAGAAAACUACCCAAGAAAUGGAAAGAGAGACCAGUGUCAUUCCCGUCCAUUGCCUUGGAAAUAACUGACGAGGAGGUUACCGAGUACUAUUCUCCUAGAGAUCUGAUCGUGGGGGAGACUAUCUUCGUGCUGGGACGUCGAUUCCUCAUAUUUGACUGCGACGCGUUUACUAGGAAAUAUUACAAGUCCAUGCUCAACAUAGAACAACCACCGCCGAUUGAGGUUCGUCACGAUACCAAGAAAGAAUUCCCUAAGAGUGUUCCACCUCAUAUCGGCAUCGGCGCCCCUGAAGACACAUUGCAAUCAUGUUUCGGCCUGAUCCCGAAGCCGCCUCACAAAGACAUCAUCAAGUACAAUCUAAAUGCUAACAAGUACCUCAGAUAUCUUUGCGAAUUGGAUUGGAUACACCCAGAAGAUAAUGGUCGUCAGUUCGUGAUGGCUUACAGCCUUGCUGACGGUACACUCAAGAUAGGUGAAAUACCCCGUCGUAACUCUGGCAUACGUGAGGGGAAGUUCCUAAAGGCUAUGCGUCUUCAGACACCUGAAUCCGAUCCCAACUUUCCAACGUACUUCACGCCAGAUCGAUUUUAUAUCGGAGCAAUAGUGCCGGUUUUCAAGCAUCGCUUCAAGAUAGUCGGUUGCGAUCUAUACGUGUAUCGUUAUAUGAGCGCCAAUCCUGAGAAGUUCCCACAGGAGGUCAUAGAUAACGUGAGGAACUACCACAUGAGGGAGGGCAACCUAAAGGACGAACUGGCGGAGGCAAUCCGUGACGAACAAGCUGCCGAGACGAGAGCACAGCUUGCUAAGAUCGGUCAGGCGGCGGUGGCUGAGCCGAGCGCUAUGGAACGAUGUCUGACCGCCCUUAACGUGGUCGAAGGCAGCGCCACACCGCCCAGACCGCCCACGCCGCCCAUGACCACGGACAGACUGCCUUACGAAGAGUCAUUGAGGAUUAAUAGAUUGAGCAAACCGACAUGCGACAACAUAGUUCCACUGAAAGGGAUUCUCAAGUCAGGGGCUGCUAAGGAUGAUCAUCAGAAGGUGGUUUGCUUCAGCGGGCCGGAGGUUGAGAGCCGGGAGCCAGCCCACCCGACGACCUACCCGCCUGGACAACAACCACACUUUGACGAAGAUCCAGACUUCUGUCAUAAAUACAAGGAUGCGGAUGCCGAUGAUCGUGCUGAGCGUCGUGCUAAAGACAUCUGUCCAUAUGAACUUAUACCGAGCAAACAAGUACAAAACCAGGCUGGAGACGAGGUGGUCGUUAAAACGAAGCUUCCUGGGUACCUCGGAACUUACGAUGUUGAUUGCAAGGAGGCACCUGAAUACAUGCGCCUACCCAGCGACGCGUACGAGAAGAUCAAGCAUAUGCGUCGCGAUGUGCCUGCGAUAUCUCCUCAGGCGCUUCGUAUGUCCAAGUUCCCUCCAGAAGAAAUGCCUCCAAUAGAUACCUGUGUGAAUCCUCCCCCAGAACCUCAAGGUCCGUGUGCAGUCACUAAGGAAGACGUAUCCUUCUCAUGUCCGCGAGUAGAACCCGGACUGCCCUGUUGUGAUCCCGACAAACGCGAACAAAAUUGA